UGUAUUUUAGUGCUUCCACAACCUCGAGAAAAGCCUCUCGAGAAACAUAGAAAAUAAGAAGAAGAAUACAGUUUAGAAGUAGGCUCUUCGUCCUUCUUCGUUCCUCUUUAAUUGUCCUCCUAGAAUCCCAGAAAAGAAGCAGAAUCCACGUGCAAAGGGCACUAAAUCAAUUGGAGGCAGCAUGAAUAUGCUCGGGAGCAUGUUCUCGAUGGUCAAACCGAGGCUGGAUGACCUCGGUACUGACCGUCUCAAUUACUAUUAUUCAACUCUUAUUAUUAUGGGAAUGUCAUUGACAAUUACAGCAAGACAGUAUGUCGGAUCACCAUUGCAAUGUUGGGUUCCUGCUCAGUUCACCAAAGCUUGGGAACAAUAUGCAGAAGACUAUUGUUUUGUGUACAACACGUAUUGGGUCAAACCAAAUGAUAAAGUACCUUUAACCGUAGAAGAACGUGUUUCCCAACAGCUUAUUUAUUAUCAAUGGGCGCCAUUUAUUAUGGCAAUUGAAGCUGCAUUCUUCUAUCUUCCAGUCAUUUUUUGGAGCAUGCUCUCUACAAAAUCUGGAAUCAAUAUCAUCAAGCUUGUUGAGACGGCACAAAAAGCGGAAGGUGCAGAGUCUGAAGAACGAAAAAAACAGAUAGACAUCAUCUGUCGACAUAUUUCAAAUAAUCUACGAAAACGGCGAAAUGAAGAAGAAACUACGAAGAUGGCAAAGAUUCAAAGGAUAUUUGGAAUGCAACAUGGAAAAUAUAUUACAAAUGUCUAUUUGGUUACAAAGUUGAUCUACAUGACGAAUUCGUUUCUCCAAUUCUAUUCCACCAACAAGUUUUUGGGCCAAAACGAUCCAUACUGGGGAAUGCGAAUUUUAGAUGAUAUUCUGAAAGGAACCGACUGGGAACAUUCUGGAAAUUUUCCACGUAUUGCUAUGUGUGAUUUUCAGGUCAGAGUGCUUGGAAAUUUGCAACGAUAUUCGAUUCAAUGCGUGCUUACUUUGAAUAUGUUCAACGAAAAGAUCUUUCUCUUCUUGUAUAUUUGGUUCCUUCUCGUCUUCUUUGUCACAUUGUUUGAUUCAAUUUUCUUGUGUUAUAACAUGUUCAGCAGUCACAAACUUGUUGAAUUCUUGCAGCAAUUUCUUGACAAUCAGGACCAAGAUGAAAAUGACGAAAAGAAGCCGGAAGAAAGAAAAGUUUACAGAAAAGAGCAACAUUCGAUUCUGCUGUCAGAAUUCUGUCUUCAUAAGUUUACUCCUGAUAUUAUUAUUCUGCUCAAAAUGAUAAACAAUCAUACGGGAGAUAUCGUUUGCACUGAAAUUGUAGGCAGGAUGUGGAACGAAUUUUUAGAACGUGAUGCAAAGUUAGUGUUGCAACGAUUCGUUGAUAAUGACCACCACAUGGAGACGAAAUCAUCUAGUUUGAAAUCAGAAAAGCUUUUCGAAGAGCAACGGAGUUUCAUUUAAUCAUUUUUCUAUGGGUUUUCAAAAUUUUUUCUCUUAAUUGUUGUUAUGAAUAGUUUUCGUGUU